CGAGCGAAAAGGAGCGCUGCAACGACCUUCGAGUUGCUCCCAGAAACUUAAUCUACUAUAGCUACAAUCCUCACAACUUUCAUGGGGCUACAAUAGCAGAGUGUUCUAUGACCACGUCCUUCGUCGACGUCCAAGUCUCAUGCUUUGGUUGGGACUGCGGGGUCGUAGCGAUGCGACCGUCGGCACUAACGCCAGAAGUAGGCCGGAAUGCAAACACGACCUUCUUUGAUGGCUGUCCCGCAGUAGAAUAUAGUGUAGGGAUAUGGUUUUUCAGCUAUUUCCAGACUAUGACUAAGGCCGUGUUUAAGCACUUUGAGACUUCGAUUUCUGUCGUACAGUCGUACUCGGUCGAUCCUAGUUUGGGGUUAAAUGUCUCGGCAUUCUGGGAACUUCCACCGGUUUACACGGUGGGACAAGAGUUGUUUUCGAUCCGCCUGGGGCAGCUUCUGAACACCUACUGGUGGGCCAUGAUUGGCCAAGAGCCGUUAUUCCUAGGCCACCCCGAGAACUACGACAGCUUGACGAAAUGGAAAGCGGGACUACCGGAGCACCCGAUAAACGACAAGUAUGUGUUCUCGAAGACACAAGCCACUGUCUACGUUAGUGUCAACGUCCUACGAUGUAACAAGACUUGGAUGGCCGUUCUCAUCAUGGCAACUUUGGUGUUGCUGCUCACGGCAAUCUUGGACUUGGCGCUGAGCCUGAACAUCUGGGUCCCGAAGCUCCUCAUGAACAUGUCGACUUUGACGAGGGGUAACCCCAACUUUGACAUGCCGGCCGGCGGCGGCGCGCUUUCAGACGAGACCAUAGCUAAGCUUUUGGCCAAUGUCAAAGUCAGGUUUGGAGACGCUGAGGGGAUGGAUGAUUCUAAUGGUCUCAUCGUUGGGAGUUGCGUAGAACAUGGGGUCGCGUAUCUAAAUUGACGGAGGGGAAACUUUACGCUUGACGGCUUUGCCCAGAUAACAUGACAGAUUCAUCUUUCCCUUUACCAGGCAAGGACUAAUGAUGGAAUCUUGCAAGCGGGGUGGUGUCUUGAUAUGAUGCGAAGCGAUGUUCAGGUUGAGACUCCAUGGUGCCCCUCCGUCGUCAUGCUGUU